AUGUCCUCGGCGCAGGCGCCCUUGGAAGUUUUACCUACAUCUACGAUGACGGAGAAGCAGGUUGUGAAGGGGGCGGCACAGGAGAAGAGUGGGAGUAAUGCGCCUGCGGCGGCAAGCAAGUCAAAUUACAAAGGGUUUGUGGCUGGCGUGUUUUCAGGGAUUGCAAAGUUGAGUGUUGGACAUCCGUUCGAUACUGUCAAGGUUCGACUUCAGACUAGCAAGGAUGCGCACUUUAAGGGACCUUUGGAUUGUACGUUACAGACGGUGCGCAAGGAGGGUGUGCGGGGUUUAUACAAGGGUGCUUCACCACCGCUGGUCGGAUGGAUGAUGAUGGAUUCUGUAAUGCUGGGAUCUUUGACGUUAUACCGAAGACUGCUUCUAGAGAAUGUCUUCUCGAAGCCCGAACUCCGCCGAUACAUGCCCUUCUCGCGCAGUACCGAUCUAUCAACACUCCCCUCCUUCGGCCAUGGUAUUGCUGGUAUCCUGGCUGGUACGACAGUCAGCUUUAUCGCCGCUCCGGUCGAGCACAUCAAGGCUCGAUUACAAGUACAGUAUGCAGCGGAUAAAUCCAAGCGCAUGUACAGCGGACCAAUCGACUGUCUGCGCAAAAUGCUCCGCACACACGGCAUCAGCGGUGUAUACCGCGGCCUCUUCGCCACCAUGUUCUUCCGCUCCUUCUUCUUCUUCUGGUGGGGAUCCUACGAUGUCCUCACCCGCUACAUGACCAACAACACAAACAUGUCCGCUCCUGUAAUCAAUUUCUGGGCUGGUGGAAUCUCGGCCCAAAUCUUCUGGUUGACAUCCUACCCCUCCGACGUGGUGAAACAGCGCCUGAUGACAGACCCGAUGGGCGGGGCCCUGAAUGAUGGGCAAAGACAGUUCCAUAGCUGGAAGGAUGCUGCUCGGGCUGUUUGGCGGGAACGUGGGUGGAGAGGGUAUUGGCGGGGAUUCGUGCCGUGUUUCCUGAGGGCGUUCCCGGCGAAUGCUAUGGCUUUGGUUGCAUUUGAAGGCGUGAUGAGGACCUUGCCUUAA